CCCCUUCUCCGCCAGGGCGGCCUGGCAGCUGUCGGCACCGGCCGCCGCCGCCUCUGCGAGGCUGGAGCGGAGCCGGGGGACCGAGGGAGGGGACCCUGCGAGAACGCCGCGCGCCGGCCGCCGCUUCCCGGCGCCAAGGGUCGCACCCUCCACCUGCCCAAAGGUGCCCGAAAGUCAUGCCCGUGAGCCCCACAUCUCCCCUGAUGUCCCACAAGGCCUCAACGCUCCUGAGCCCCAGGGUCGCCCUGCUCCACUUGAGAGGCUUGCAGGCCCCACCCCGGAGCCCUCUGCACAGGGCCUCCUCCAACCGGCCAGUUCUCCCGUAGCUUCGGAGGAAGAGCUGCUGCCCCAAGCCUCUCCCAGGAUUCAGAGAGAAAAAGUUCACCUUGGCUAAACCAGCUGCCCAGGGAAAACUAGCCCCAACCGGAGGUGCUGCCCUCCUCUUCUGUGCCUAAACUGCUUCCAGAAACCUUUUGGAAACCACAGGCCUUACCCUCUUAAGUCUUGGAGAUCACCUGCAGCCAGGACACAAGAAGAUGGCAGUGCUCAGGCAGCUGGCACUCCUGCUCUGGAAGAACUACACUUUGAAGAGGCGGAAGAUUCUAGUGACAGUCCUGGAACUCUUCCUGCCAUUACUGUUUUCUGGGAUCCUGAUUUGGCUUCGCUUGAAGAUUCAGUCUGAAAAUGUGCCCAACGCCACCAUCUACCCUGGCCAGUCCAUCCAGGAGCUGCCCCUCUUCUUUACCUUCCCUCCGCCUGGAGACACCUGGGAGCUCGCCUAUGUUCCUUCCCACAGCGAUGCUGCUAAGACCAUCACCCAGAUGGUGAGAAGGGAGCUGGUGAUCAACAUGAGAGUGCACGGCUUUCCCUCCGAGAAUGACUUUGAGGACUACAUUAGGUACGACAACCGCUCCUCUAGUGUGCUGGCCGCAGUGGUAUUUGAGCACACCUUCAACCACAGCAAGGACCCUCUGCCCCUGGCGGUGAAAUAUCACCUACGGUUCAGUUACACACGAAGAAAUUACAUGUGGACCCAAACAGGCUCCUUGUUUCUGAAAGAGGCAGAGGGCUGGCACACCGCUUCCCUUUUUCCACUUUUCCCAAACCCAGGACCAAGGGAACCGACGUCCCCUGAUGGUGGAGAACCUGGGUACAUCCGGGAGGGCUUCCUGGCUGUGCAGCAUGCUGUGGACAGAGCUAUCAUGCACUACCAUGCCAACGCCUCGGCGCGCCAGCUGUUCCAGAAGCUCACGGUGAUCGCAAAGAGGUUCCCGUACCCGCCUUUCAUCUCGGACCCCUUCCUCAUGGCCAUCCAGUACCAACUGCCCCUGCUGCUCAUGCUGAGCUUCACCUACACCUCACUCACCAUCAUCCGGACCGUGGUGCAGGAGAAGGAGAGAAAACUGAAGGAGUACAUGCGCAUGAUGGGGCUCAGCAGCUGGCUGCACUGGGGCGCCUGGUUCCUCAUGUUCUUCCUCUUCCUCCUCAUCGUGGUCUCCUUCAUGACCCUGCUGUUCUGCGUCAAGGUGAAGAAGGACGUGGCCGUGCUGUCAAGCAGCGACCCCUCUCUGGUGCUGGCCUUCCUGCUAUGCUUUGCUGUCUCCUCCAUCUCCUUCAGCUUCAUGGUCAGCACCUUCUUCAGUAAAGCCAACAUGGCAGCAGCCAUCGGUGGCUUCCUCUACUUCUUCACCUACAUCCCGUACUUCUUUGUGGCUCCUCGGUACAACUGGAUGACCCUGAGCCAGAAGCUCUUCUCCUGUCUCUUGUCCAAUGUUGCCAUGGCGAUGGGAGCCCAGCUCAUAGGAAAAUUUGAAGCCAAAGGCACAGGCAUCCAGUGGCGAGAUCUGCUGAGCCCUGUCAACGUGGAUGAUGACUUCUCCUUCGGCCAAGUGCUGGGGAUGCUACUACUGGACUCUGUGCUAUACGGCUUGGUGACCUGGUACAUGGAGGCUGUCUUCCCAGGGCAGUUCGGCGUGCCCCAGCCCUGGUACUUCUUCAUCAUGCCCUCGUACUGGUGCGGGCACCCGAGGAUGGUCGUAGGGAAAGAGGAAGAAGACAAUGACCCUGAGAAGGUGCUCCAAACGGAGUACUUUGAAGCUGAACCAGAAGGUCUGGUGGCCGGGAUCAAGAUCAAGCAUCUGUCCAAGGUGUUCAGGGUGGGGAAUAAGGACAAGGCCGCUGUCAGAGACCUGAACCUGAACCUGUACGAGGGACAGAUCACUGUCCUGCUGGGCCACAACGGCGCAGGGAAGACUACCACGCUUUCCAUGCUCACAGGUCUCUUUCCCCCUACCAGUGGACGGGCAUAUAUCAGUGGGUACGAAAUUUCCCAAGACAUGGUUCAAAUCCGGAAGAGCUUGGGGCUGUGCCCCCAGUACGACGUCCUGUUUGACAACUUGACAGUAGCUGAACAUCUUUAUUUCUAUGCUCAGCUGAAAGGCUUAUCACGCCAGAAGUGCCCAGAAGAAGUCAAGCAGAUGCUGCAUGUCCUCAGUCUGGAGGACAAGCAGAACUCCUGGUGCAGGUUCCUGAGUGGGGGGAUGAAACGCAAGCUUUCCAUCGGCAGUGCCCUCAUAGCAGGCUCCAAGGUGUUGAUGCUGGACGAGCCCACCUCGGGCAUGGAUGCCAUCUCCAGGAGAGCCAUCUGGGAUCUUCUUCAGCAGCAGAAGAGGGACCGCACCAUCCUGCUGACCACCCACUUCAUGGAUGAGGCUGACCUGCUGGGGGACCGCAUUGCCAUCAUGGCCAAGGGCGAGCUGCAGUGCUGUGGGUCGUCACUGUUCCUCAAGCAGAAAUACGGUGCGGGCUACCACAUGACACUGGUGAAGGAACCACACUGCAACCCCGAGAGCAUCUCCCAGCUUGUCCUCCACCACAUCCCCAACGCCACACAGGAGAGCAGCGCCGGGGCCGAGCUGUCCUUUAUUCUUCCCAAGGAGAGCACGCACAGGUUUGAAAGUCUUUUUGCUAAGCUGGAGAAGAAGCAGGAGAAGUUGGGCAUUGCCAGCUUUGGGGCCUCAGUGACCACCAUGGAGGAAGUCUUCCUGCGGGUUGGUAAGCUGGUAGACACCAGCAUGGACAUCCAAGCCAUCCAGCUGCCUGCCCUGCAGUACCAGCACGAGAGACGAGCGAGUGACUGGGCUGUGGACAGCAACGUGUGCGGGGUGAUGGACCCAACUGACGGCAUUGGUGCCCUCAUUGAGGAGGAGCAUGCAGCCAUCAAGCUGAACACUGGGCUUGUGCUCCACUGCCAGCAAUUCUGGGCCAUGUUCCUGAAGAAGGCCGCGUACAGCUGGCGGGAGUGGAAGAUGGUGGCAGCCCAGGUACUGGUCCCUCUGACCUGCCUCACCCUAGCCCUCCUGGCCAUCAACUACUCCUCCGAGAUACUUGAUGACCCCAUCCUGAAGCUGACCUUGGGCGAGUAUGGCAGAACCAUCGUGCCAUUUUCAGUCCCCGGGACCUCUCGGCUGGACCAGCAGCUGUCGGAGCAUCUGAAAGACAUGCUGCAGGCUGAGGGACAGGAGCCCCGUGAGGUGCUGGGUGACCUGGAGGAGUUCCUCAUCUUCAGGGCCUCGGUGGAGGGGGGCGGCUUUAAUGAGCGAUGCCUCGUGGCGACGUCCUUCAGAGAUGUAGGCGAGCGGACAGUCGUCACUGCCCUGUUCAACAACCAGGCCUACCACUCCGCAGCCACCGCGCUGGCCAUUGUGGACAACCUCCUAUUGAAGCUGCUGUGCGGCCCUCAGGCCUCCAUCGUGGUUUCCAACUACCCUCAGCCCCGGAGCACCCUGCAGGCCGCCAAGGACCAGUUCAGCGAAGGCCGGAAGGGAUUUGACAUCGCUCUCAACCUACUCUUUGCCAUGGCAUUCUUGGCCAGCACAUUCUCCAUCCUGGCAGUCAGUGAGAGGGCCGUCCAGGCCAAGCACGUCCAGUUUGUGAGCGGGGUCCACGUGGCUACUUACUGGCUCUCUGCUCUGCUGUGGGACCUUAUCUCCUUUCUCGUCCCCAGUCUGCUGCUGCUGGUGGUGUUCAGAGCCUUUGACGUGCAUGCCUUCACACGGGACGGCCAUGCAGCCGACACACUGCUGCUGCUCCUGCUGUAUGGCUGGGCCAUCAUCCCGCUCAUGUACCUGAUGAACUUCCUCUUCUCGGGGGCGGCCACUGCCUACACCAGGCUGACCAUCUUCAACAUCCUGUCGGGCAUCGCCACCUUCCUCAUGGUCACCAUCAUGCGCAUCCCAGCGGUAAAACUGGAAGAACUUUCCAGAACCCUGGACCACGUGUUCCUGGUGCUGCCCAACCACUGCCUGGGAAUGGCAGUCAGCAGCUUCUAUGAGAACUACGAGACGAGGAGGUACUGCACCUCCUCUGAGGUCGCCGCCCACUACUGCAGGAAAUUCAAUAUCAAGUACCAGGAGAGCUUCUAUGCAUGGCACACCCCGGGGGUCGGCAGGUUCGUGGCCUCCAUGGCCACCUCGGGGUGCGUCUACCUCACCCUGCUCUUCCUCAUCGAGACCAACCUGCUGUGGAGACUGAGGACCUUCAUCUGUGCCUUCCAGAGGAGGCGGGAGCUGACAGAAUUGUACAACCAGACGUCAGUGCUUCCUGAGGACCAAGACGUGGCAGAAGAGAGGAACCGAAUCCUGGCUUCCAGCCUGGACUCCCUGCUUGACACCCCUCUCAUUAUCAAGGAGCUCUCCAAGGUGUAUGAGCAGCGGGCGCCCUUCCUUGCCGUGGACAAGAUCUCCCUGGCAGUCCAGAAAGGGGAGUGCUUCGGCUUGCUGGGUUUCAAUGGAGCUGGGAAAACCACAACUUUCAAAAUGCUGACUGGGGAGGAAACCAUCACAUCUGGGGAUGCCUUUGUUGGGGGCUACAGCAUCAGCGCUGACAUCGGGAAGGUGCGGCAGCGCAUCGGCUACUGCCCCCAGUUUGAUGCCCUGCUGGACCACAUGACUGGCCGGGAGAUGCUGGUCAUGUAUGCACGGCUCCGCGGCAUCCCCGAGCGCCACAUCGGUGCCUGUGUGGAGAACACACUGCGGGGCCUGCUCCUGGAGCCACAUGCCAAUAAGCUGGUCAGGACAUACAGCGGUGGUAACAAGCGGAAGCUGAGUACCGGCAUUGCCCUGAUCGGAGAGCCUGCAGUCAUCUUCCUGGACGAGCCGUCCACUGGCAUGGACCCUGUGGCCCGGCGCCUGCUCUGGGACACCGUGGCACGGGCCCGUGAGUCUGGCAAGGCCAUCGUCAUCACCUCUCACAGCAUGGAGGAGUGUGAGGCCUUGUGUACCCGGCUGGCCAUCAUGGUGCAGGGUCAGUUCAAGUGCCUGGGCAGCCCCCAGCACCUCAAGAGCAAAUUUGGCAGCGGCUACUCCCUGCGGGCCAAGGUCCGGAGCGAAGGGCAACAGGAGACACUGGAGGAGUUCAAGGCAUUUGUGGACUUGACCUUCCCAGGCAGCGUCCUGGAAGACGAGCACCAAGGGAUGGUCCAUUACCACCUGCCCGGCCACGACCUCAGCUGGGCGAAGGUUUUUGGUAUCCUGGAGAAAGCCAAGGAGAAGUACGGAGUGGACGACUACUCUGUGAGCCAGAUCUCACUGGAGCAGGUCUUCCUGAGCUUCGCCCACCUGCAGCCACCUGCCACGGAGGAGGGGCGGUGAGGAGCUGCCUCGCAGGUGCUGUGCAGGAACAGCGGUGCAUCCCAUUCCUCCGAGUUUCUCUUGUCCUUUAUUUUUACCCACCUUUUCUAUGAUGGAGACAAAGAAAACACGGCGGUAAUCACAGAAUGGCCGUGUGUUGGUGCCCUUAUGUGGCCUCAGCAUGCAGAGAUAUCCACUUCCAAAGGCGGACUCUCUGGAACUCCCAGUCCCAGGCCAAGAGUGGGUCUGGCAGUCUGUGGGCAGGCCAUGGGGCCUUGGGGUGGAGAUCUGUCCCAGGAAGGGGCUGCAGCUGACCCAGGGGGCUGAAUUUCUCUGAGUGCUCAUGCAGGGAGAAGACCAGUGACAUGUCCAAGUUUACACAUGACACUAAGCUUCCCUGGGGAGGAAGUGGGAAGCCAGCAGUGGUGAAUUGUAGCAAGGCCCCCAGGCUGCCUGGGACAGACACAAAAGUUGCAAAUCACUGUCCAUGAAGGGAAGAUAUCGUCUGUGACUAGGUGCUGAGACCUCAGCCUCCCGGGCAGCCCAGGAAGCACCGUGGAGCUCUGCUCCUUGGGGCAUGUAUGCUAAGCCAAGGCAAGCUGACCCUGGGCCCAGCACUGUCUUGCUAGAAUCUUCUAGGAGCAGCCGGCGCAGGGAGGGAAGGUGGCCAGACUUGGAGCACAGUCUUGUUCCCAGCACUGCACCUGCAAGAAGCCACCAGCCCAGGACAGUCAGGGACCACUACAGGGGCUGCAUGGCCACCUCUUGAUGAUACACUAAACAUAUUGUGACUCUGUCCAGAAAAUAAAGGCUGAG